CACCCUUUGAAAAAAGUAACAUAUAUGUCAGUCAUGAUGCCACAUGCUGCAGAUUUAGCAGGGACAGCAGGGGUUCUGUACACUAUUGUAUUAGCACCACCACUGCAGCCAAAGAAACCUCUCUACAGCAACGCUGUCAUGGUUGUGGACAAAAAAACAUCACAGAUUUUCUGCAUCACCACUCUCCUCUUCACGGGUGUACUAGGCCUACAUGGACAUUACUUCUCGGACAGAUAUAUCUAUGCAGCUGCUGGAGGUCAUGUGUCCUUGCCAUGUACGGGCAUGCUUAUACCUGGUUGCCGUGACACCGUAUGGAACUACAGCAGCCCACAAGGUGAAACAGUUGAGGUGGUGACAGUUGGGAAGGUCAGAACAGACAUCACAAAGAGAGCUGGGAAAAUGAGCGUUGAUGAAGACUGCACACUGAACAUUGCUAAUGUCACCGCUGAAGAUACUGGAGAAUACUAUUGUGGUCCAGGGGGUGGAGAGACUUAUCUCUCCGUCUUAGACAUCUCUGCAUCUCCAUCAAUCUCUAACAAUGGGACGGACGGUGAUGUCACUCUCUCCUGCCACUUGCAUACCCAUGAGGGCUGUGAAAAAGGCUCUUCUACUAACAAGAUUCAUCUGAGCUGGAUAGAUGAGGAAGGCUUUCCACUGCAAGAAUCCGCUGACCGCCAGAUCCAAAACCCAUCUGCCUGUCACACCACACUCAAAGAGUCGCACCUUCACCAAAGGGAGAAAACAUGGAGUUGCCAACUGACCACCAGAUGGGGAUGGCUUAAAAUUGUAGCCACGUACACAAUGUUAGCAACUCCUACCCCAGAUCCAACCGAAGGGUCCGUGGGAUUUACGAUGGAAUCUGACGAAUUGGAAAAAGCAAAGGAAGAGAAAUCCACGGCAUUUUUAGGUGUAAUAUUCCCACAUAGACAUUACUUCUGGGACAGAUAUAUCUAUGCAGCUGCUGGAGGGCAUGUGUCCUUGCCAUGUACGGACAUGUUAAUAUCUGGCUGCGGUAACUUCGUAUGGAACUACACCAGCCCACAAGGUGAAACAGUUGAGCUGAUGACAGUUGAACAUAAGACAGUCAUAAUAUCCAGCAGCCCACCCGGUGAAACAGAUCUUGUGUGGUCAAUUGGCGAAGUCAGAAGACACAUCAUCACAAAGAGACCUGGGAAAAUUAGCGUUGAUGAAGAUUGCAUACUGAACAUUGCUAAUGUCACCGCUGAAGAUACUGGAGAAUACUAUUGUGGUCCAGGGGGUGGAGCGACUUAUCUCUCCGUCUUAGACAUCUCUGCAUCUCCAUCAAUCUCUAACAAUGGGACGGACGGUGAUGUCACUCUCUCCUGCCACUUGCAUACCCAUGAGGGCUGUGAAAAAGGCUCUUCUACUGACAAGAUUCAUCUGAGCUGGAUAGAUGAGGAAGGCUUUCCACUGCAAGAAUCCGCUGACCGCCAGAUCCAAAACCCAUCUGCCUGUCACACCACACUCAAAGAGUCGCACCUUUACCAAAGGGAGAAGACAUGGAGGUGCCAACUGACCACCAGAUGGGGAUGGCUUAAAAUUGUAGCCACGUACACAAUGUUAGCAACUCCUACCCCAGAACCAACCGAAGGGUCCGUGGGAUUUACGAUGGAAUCUGACGAAUUGAAAAAUUCAAAGGAAGGGAAAUCCACAGCAUCUUUAGCAACUCCUACCCCAGAUCCAACCGAAGGGUCCGUGGGAUUUACGAUGGAAUCUGACGAAUUGGAAAAAGCAAAGGAAGAGAAAUCCACGGCAUUUUUAGCAAAACAUCCCAGACCACGCAGGCUUCGCAGGGAACGAGGAAACUGACCGACUCUUCGCUACACUUGCCACCAGACCUGCCCCUCUUCUGCUAUGAUGUCUGCUGGUCAACGGUGGGGGCCCAAAAGACCAUCAAUCCCUUGUGUACCAUUUUCAGGACAGGUGCAUGAGUUUGUUUUGUGUUUUAUAUGCAUCAUUUAUGCCAUUUAGCCUAUGAUAUUAACAAUUUUGCCAAAUAGAAAACAAGAAAACAUCUCAUCUGCAAAGGAAUCAUUAUGUAUAGCCAGUGAUGUCAUGGGUUGUUGGUAUAGUCUACAUUAAGCCAAUUUGGUGGACUAGACUAACCUGUAAUAUUAAUGUUGGGUUACACACUGAGAAACAGAUAGAUGGCCACCUCAGUAUCUCUUCUUCCGAGUAACAUGGUGAAAUGUUCUGAUGCCCCUCUAUGUUCAGUUGCUUAGGUAGCCACAAGGGGGCAGAAAAACUCCUUGACCAAUCCUUGGCUACUUGUGAGAAUAAAAAAAAUGUAUUUUUGGAAUAAAAGUUCUGCAUUUUUUAUUUUACAGAAGCAUAUUGGUUAUCUGAAUUAGCAAAAUAAUAAACCUGUAAAUUCUGAACAGCU